UCAGUACUCGGAUAACGUACACAAGAGAAGAACGGAAAAUACAAAGUAGAAAAGAAUCCAUUAAUUUAGGAGUUUAUAUGUGUUCCAAAACAUGGAUAGCUGGGCUCACCCAGCUUAUAGAUCAUCGGAGGGUCCGACUAUGACAACAAGACAACCAAAAGACCCUAAUCUGGACUCAAAUUCGGAUUUACUAACAAGAACCAGUUGGGUCGAUGCUAAAACUGCAUACAGAGAGAUUAAAAAGGGGAGAGCUUUUGGCAAUACAUGUGCACUUAGAUUACGAGGAACAUUACAGAAACACUUAUUUAACUUAGGAUGUUGCAUCCAAAAACAUUGCGGCAAGGUGCUUUUUGUUGGAUUACUCCUUCUGUCAUUAUGCUGUGUUGGAUUAAAAACUGCAACCAUAGAAACAGAUGUCAACAAGCUAUGGGUAGAAGCAGGUGGAAGGUUAGAAAAAGAACUAGCAUAUACAAAAGAAAAGCUAGGGGAGGGCAGUGGCUAUACUAGCCAACUAAUUGUACAAACACCCAAACUAGGAACCAAUGUAUUAUCAGCUGAAUCAUUUAGGCUGCAUCUAAAAGCUGUAGAAGCUGCCACUAAAGUUACUGUAGAUAUGUAUGAUAUAAAAUGGAAGUUCAAAGAUUUGUGUAUGCCAAUGACUUUUCCUAGAUUCGACAACCAUUUAUUAGAUAGUAUUUUAGACAAUGUAUUGCCAUGCGUCAUCAUUACUCCUUUGGAUUGUUUUUGGGAAGGAAGCAAGCUGCUUGGGCCAGAUAACCCCAUAGCCAUCCCGGGUAUGAACCGUAUAACAUGGGCCAACUUGAACCCUAAACAGCUUGUGCAGGAACUGAAAGAUUUAGAGAUCCCCUUCCCAUCUGAUACAAUAGAGGAAAUGUUACAAAGGGCUGGGAUAACAAGUGCAUAUCAAGAAAAACCCUGUCUAAAUCCCACAGAUGAGGAUUGUCCCCAAACAGCUCCUAACUAUCACGACAAGCAGAUCCCUAAUGUUGGGUCAGAGGUAACUGGGGGAUGUAGUGGGUUUGCCUCUAAAUACAUGCACUGGGAAGAAGACCUCAUUAUAGGGGGCGCUCAGAAGAAUAAAAAUGGCUACAUAUUCAGGGCUGGGGCACUUCAGUCCAUCGUGCGGCUGAUGGGAGAGAAAAAUAUGUAUGAGCAUUACCUUGACGACUACAAAGUCAACAACAUAGAAUGGAGUCAGGAAGCUGCCAGGAAAGUCCUGGAAAAGUGGCAGAGAGAAUAUACCUCUGUUGUUAACAAGGUACUGAAUGAGACCAUGCAGGACAAUGUCUAUUCUUUCUCUUCAAUAUCCCUUACUGAUAUCUUGGAACAGUUUUCUGAGGUCAGCAUUGUCAGGGUUGCUCUCGGCUACUGCCUUAUGUUGGUAUAUGCAGCUAUAUCACUGUUGAGGUGGAACGAUGCCAUCUACUCGCAGAGUGGCAUUGGUAUCGCUGGGGUUCUAUUGGUGGCGUUGUCAGUCGCAGCAGGGCUCGGACUUUGUUCAGUAUUCCAGAUAGGGUUCAACGCAUCUACAACACAGAUAAUACCCUUCUUGGCCCUUGGAUUAGGAGUAGAUGAUAUGUUCCUUAUCGCCCUCACAUUUGCUGAAAACAGUCGUAAAGAUGACAUACCAUAUAUGGAUCAAACAGGUGAAUGUCUGAAGCGAACAGGAGUCAGUGUUCUCAUUACAUCGCUUAGCAACGCGUGUGCUUUCUUCAUGGCAGCCAUAAUUCCGAUCCCAGCAUUGCGGGCAUUUGCUCUACAGGCAGCCAUUUUGAUUCUGUUCAACCUUGGUUCCAUACUGCUCAUUUACCCGGCCAUCAUCAGUCUGGACUUAAUGAGACGCCAAGAGAAGAGAGUAGAUGUAUUCUGCUGUUUUGAAGGGUCAAGUGCAAAUAGAGUGAUAGAGCUUCAGUCACGCCCCCAGUCCCCACCCCCAGAAUAUCGUGAGGCAUCCCCUCCCCCUAGCUACAGAGACAUUCAUCGUCAUAACACAAUGACCACCCUGGGGCCAGAUGGAGUACACCCAGUGACAGUUCUAGUAGGGGAGAACAAUGAUGGUGCAAGAUUUCAUUCUGCCGUCUCCCCAUCAUCCCUACCCCCCUCAGCCACAUCCUCACGUCAGUGCCUCACUCCUGAUGAGGAUCAGUCAUGUAAAGACCGAUGUGUUCAAACGCAGCAAGAAUGCUGUAAGCUUUCCCUAACCUGGUUCGCCAAAAAGGUGUACGGGCCUCUCCUUCAAAAAGCAUCUGUAAAGAUUCUAGUCAUUAUUCUCUUCAGCGUGUUACUGGCCUUCGGGGUGUGGGGCACUACAAAAGUCAAGGAUGGCCUUGAACUCACAGACAUUGUGCCCAGAGAAACAACAGAGUAUAAGUUUCUCGAAACUCAGUCGAAAUAUUUCGGCUUUUUUCAUAUAUAUGCUGUCACUAAAGACUUUGACUAUCCCAACAAUCAGCAAUUGUUACAUAAAUACCAUAAUGCUUUCUUACGUGUGGAAAAUAUUAUUAAAAAAGAGGACGGGAGUUUGCCCGACUCCUGGCUCAUAUUAAUGAGGAACUGGCUCUUGGAUUUACAGCGGGCCUUUGACAGGGACUAUCAGUUAGGGUGUAUAACCAGAGAUCGCUGGUAUGACAAUGCAACUGAAGAUGGAAUUUUUGCUUAUAAACUACUUAUCCAAACUGGAGAUUCAGAUUCCCCUAUUAAUAGAGACUUAGCGCUGACAUCACGUCUUGUCGAUUCAGAUGGGAUUAUUAACAUAGACGCAUUUUAUAUCUACCUCACUGCAUGGACUUCAAAUGAUGCUAUAGCAUAUGAUGCAUCAAUGUCAGACCUCACUCCAGUGCCUCGGGAAUGGCUGCACUUAGCGGAGGAAGUAGAGUUUCUAAUUCCAAGGUCGCAGCCGUUAACUUAUGCACAAUUCCCAUUUUAUUUAAACAAUAUGGCUGACACUGAUGAAAUAACCAGUACAAUCAAACAAAUCCGCACAAUAUGUGACACUUAUGUAGCUAAAGGGCUACCAACCUAUCCUAGUGGAAUCCCAUUCACAUUUUGGGAGCAAUAUUUAAACCUAAGGUUCUACUUGAUGCUGUCACUGAUUUGUGUGUUGGGCGCAGUCUUUAUGGUGAUAACAUUCAUCCUGAUGAACCCAUGGGCGGCAUUUAUGGUGGUAAUGGUCUUAGCGAUGACUGUCGUGGAGUUAUUCGGCUUUAUGGGGCUUGUCAGUAUUAAACUCAGUGCCGUACCAGCGGUUAUAUUAAUAGUAUCAGUGGGAAUUGGAGUCGAGUUCACCGUGCAUAUUCUGCUCGCAUUUAUCACCUGUAUCGGCACGAGGAAUGCUCGAAUGAACAUAGCAUUGCGUCACAUGUUGGCCCCUGUCAUGCAUGGUGCCGUGUCAACAUUGCUGGGUGUCAUCAUGCUCGUUGGGUCCGAGUUUGACUUCAUAGUUAGGUAUUUCUUCUAUGUGCUGUCAGCCCUUAUCCUGAUAGGUGUGCUGAAUGGCCUAGUGCUCCUCCCCGUGCUUCUCUCCAUCCUUGGUCCUCCUGCAGAAAUCAUACCCAGAGACAAUGCAGACCGUAUUCAGCCCCCCACCCCCGAGCCCUCACCUGUUCCCCAGAGGGCCAUGAGAACUGUGUCAAAACGAGUCUUUCCGGGCAGAGUCCCGUCUGAUAUAUCUUUAACUACGAUCACUGAAGAACCAACACAGUAUUCGUCUCAUGAGAUUGUAGUUCAUCCCGAAGUUGUCGUAGAAACAUCAUU